AUGUCAGCUGGUGCUUCUACUUCUACUGCUGCUCAUUCAGAAGAAGAUACUACUCACCAGGAUUCUGCGGAGAAGGAAGAGAAGGCAGGCACUUCAGUCGCCGUUGAUGCUGCUGCCACAGCCACAACCACAACCAAAGACAAUGAUACGUCCGAUCUGGAGGCCAGUUUCAGCAAGGUGACCCUUGAAGAUAGAGAUCAAAACGAUGGAACUGAGAAAAAGGUGGCCAAAGAGAAGCACACGCCCAAAAAAGGCAAUCAUCAAGACUCGAAAAAGCCCGGCCCGGUCCUAGCGGAGCCGACCAUCGAGGCGGUGGCAGACUACAUCAAGAGUGGCAAAUGUCGGAAGGUCAUCUUCAUGGUGGGGGCGGGCAUCUCCACGUCGGCGGGCAUUCCCGACUUUCGAUCGCCAGACACGGGCCUUUUCAGUCAGCUGGAGAAGUACAAUCUGCCCUACCCGGAGGCCAUCUUUGACAUUGGCUUCUUCCAGAAAAACCCGAAGCCAUUCUUCCACCUGGCGCGUGAGCUCUUCCCAGGAAACUUUGAUCCGACGCCCUGCCACUACUUCAUGCGGCUACUGCACGACAAAGGCCAACUGCUGCGACUGUACACGCAGAACAUCGACUCGCUGGAGCGAAUAGCCGGCGUACCUGAUGAGAAGCUGCUCGAGGCGCACGGCACCUUCAACACUGCGCACUGCACCAACAAGCGCUGUCGGAAGGCCUACUCACUAGAGUGGAUGAAAAACCGCAAAGACAACGUUGCCCGCUGCGAUUCCUGUGGCUCGUACGUGAAGCCGGACAUCAUCUUCUACGGCGAGAUGCUCCCCGAUCGCUUCUACUCCCUGAUUGAGCACGACUUUCCCCAGUGUGACCUGCUGAUCGUCAUGGGCACCUCCCUCACCGUCCAGCCCUUUGCCAGCCUCGUGGACAUGGUCGGCGGCAGCGUCCCCCGCCUGCUGAUCAACCUCACCGAGCCGGAGGGCGGCGGCAAUCUGCUGUCCAAGUUUAUUCCCGGUCUGGCGGGAGGAAGUAGCUUCAACUUCAAAUCGAAGAGCAACGUGCGCAACGUCUUCCUCCGCUCUGACGCCGACUCAGGCUGUCGGAAGCUGGCGCAGCUGCUCGGCUGGGAGGACGACCUGCAGAAGCUGAUUGAGCGGAAGAGUACAAACAAAGGAGGCCAAUAG